CAGCUAUAUUUCGCCAUCGGUCAGCUAAGCGUCAGUUGAAGACGCUAAAUGCGGAAUGUGAGGUGUGUGAGAGACAGUUUGAUGCGUCGGAUGAUACGCGCCGCGCCGUUUGUGUUGCAGUAGAGCGGUGGGAAACGACUCAGAGGGGCUUAAUACAUCACAUGCAGCCACACAGAGGGCCCGUGUGAGAGCAGGACCGCCCGAACACCCGGAUUUGACCUCACAAGACCGGGCUGAUCGAAGCAGGGUCCAUGGAGGAGCUGGAGCCAGAGGAGCAGUUCCUGCAAUACGCCCGGAAUGGGGAUCUGCAGGGGAUUCAGAGGCUCCUCAUGUCCAAGAUUAGGGAGGAGACGCAGAUCAACAUAAACUGCAAAGGUAAGAAAAAGUCUAACCUGGGAUGGACGCCUCUCCACUUGGCCUGUUACUUUGGACAUAGGGAUGUAGUGGAGGAAUUACUGAAGGCAGGGGCAGAUGUUAACUUGCCCAACAAUAUCGGAGACACACCGUUGCACAAAGCUGCCUUCACAGGAAGAAAGGAGGUUGUCAUGCUGCUGCUGCACUAUGAUGCAUGUGCAACUGUCAUCAAUGGGACAGCACAGAUUCCCAAAGAUGUCACUCAGAAUCCAGAGAUCAGAAGCAUGUUAGAAGCGGCUGAGAGAACAGAGGAGAGGAAGCUGGAGGAGGAACUUCUGGAGGCCGCACGAGAAGGAGACCUUUCAGCUCUAACCCAGCUGCUCAGCAGGAAAAAGCCUCCAGACAUCAGCUGCACAGAUCUGCUGGGAAACACUCCGCUGCACUCUGCAGCCUAUCGUGGCCAGAAGCAGUGUGCUCUGAAGCUGCUCAAAAGUGGCGCCAGCCCCAACAUCAAGAACAAGAAUGGGCAGACUGUGUUUGACCUGGCAAGUGAUACAGCAAUGAAGCAGGUCCUUGAAGGCAGCAUUCAUCGAGGCAUGACCCGCCAUGUCAAGAAGUACGAGGGACUCCUCUUUAAGAGCUCCAGAUUUUUUGGCUGGCGCUCCUACUGGGUCGUCCUUCAAGACGGAGUGUUAUCCUGGUACUCAAAACAGUCAGAUGCAGCUUCCAAUGUCCGAAGACAAGGCUGCAAGUCCCUCACACAUGCUCACUGUUUGAUCCGAGCCAAAGAUGCCUGCCUUUUUACCCUCAAGUGCUUCGAUGACAGUGUGCAUCACUUCAAAGUACAACCUAAAAACGACCCAGAGGCAACGAGAAAAGCAUGGCUGGAUGCACUGGAAGAGCAUUCGGCUUACAGCACACACUACUGCUCCCAAGAGCAGGGCAGCGAGGAAGAGGAGGAAGAGGACGUGAUGUCACUCGGGGAGCUAACAGACUCACUACAGGCAGCGGAGGCCAGCCACAAGAAACUGGAGGAGGAGGUGGCAGCUUUCCUGGCCAUGCUGAAAAAUGAUGGACUGGAAGAAAGGUUUCCGUCCGCCGUUCUGCAGAAAAUGCAAGAAAUCCAUGAUCUGUCCAACGAGACCAGAUCCAGUCUCAGUGUCUGUCUCAGCCUCUUCUCCAGACAGGAAGGGGUGCGCAGCCUGAAAUUGGAGCAGGAGGUAGAGAAGAAUAAGAUCCUCUCCGAAGCGCUGCAGACUCUCGCCACGGAGCACCACGAACUUGAGCAAUCCGUCGUCAAGGGAUCUUCACCGCGGAGUGCCCUCAGCGAGGAUGAGUUCCACGACGCCGUGUCUGAGUCGGACUCAGAGCUCUCCCUGAGCGGCUUUGAGACGGUGGCCAGCCGUUCCUACGAGGAGGACGAGGAGGAGGACGAAGGCUCUGUCAUGUUAAGCAGCCCUUGCAGCAGCCCCACCAGCAUGUUGCAGGAGGAUCACCAUGGAAACGAGGACGAGGCUCAACCCAACGGGAUCAGAAAGCAUAGAAGCAGCUUACCUGCACCGAUGUUUUCAAGAAAUGACUUCAGCAUUUGGAGUAUCCUGAGGAACUGCAUUGGAAUGGAGCUCUCCAAGAUUACAAUGCCAGUGAUUUUCAACGAGCCGCUCAGCUUCUUGCAGCGUCUGACGGAGUACAUGGAGCACACUUACCUCAUCCACCAGGCCAACGCCUCCUCAGACUCUGUUGAGAGGAUGAAGUGUGUGGCUGCGUUUGCUGUGUCCGCUGUGGCCUCCCAGUGGGAGCGGACAGGUAAACCCUUCAACCCUCUGCUGGGAGAAACCUAUGAACUGGUCAGAGAGGAUCUGGGCUUUAGGCUCAUAUCGGAGCAGGUGAGCCACCACCCUCCAGUCAGCGCCUUCCACGCUGAGGGCCUGAAGCGAGACUUCGUGUUUCACGGGUCCAUCUACCCCAAACUCAAGUUCUGGGGCAAGAGUGUGGAAGCAGAGCCGAAAGGCAUCAUCACGCUGGAGCUACCCAAGUACAAUGAAGCCUACACAUGGACAAAUCCUACAUGCUGCGUUCACAACAUCAUUGUGGGCCAGCUGUGGAUCGAGCAGUAUGGAAAUGUGGAGCUGAUCAACCACAGAACGGGUGAAAGGUGCUGCCUGAAUUUCAAACCAUGUGGCCUUUUCGGCAAAGAGCUGCACAAGGUUGAAGGGUAUAUUCUGGAUAAAAGCAAAAAGAAGCUGUGUGCUCUCUACGGGAAGUGGACAGAGUGCCUGUACGUCGUCGACCCUGCCGCCUUCGAAGCGCACAAGAAAAGCGACAAGAAAAGGGCUGAGGAGAAAAAAGGCAGCAAGGCGGGUUGCAGCGAGGGUCAGGAGGAGGUUCCUUCUCCAGCUGCCGACACUGUGGAGGCGAUUCCUGGCAGCCAGCUGCUGUGGAGAAUCGCACCCAGACCGGCCAACUCUGCCCAGAUGUACAGCUUCACGUCUUUUGCAAUGCAACUAAACGAGCUGCGUCAGGAGAUGGAGGGAGCAAUUCCUCAGACAGACUGCAGGCUGAGACCAGACGUACGAGCCAUGGAGAACGGUGACAUCGACCUCGCCAGCGAGGAGAAGAAGAGGCUUGAGGAAAAACAGAGAGCCGCCCGCAAAAACCGCUUCAAAUCUGAUGAAGAGUGGAAGACGAGGUGGUUUCAGCAGGGGCAAAACCCCCACACCAGCUCCCAGGACUGGCUCUUCUCUGGUGGAUACUGGGACAGGAAGUACAACCAGCUUCCAGACAUUUACUAAUGAACAUUUCCUGCACAGAGAAAUUUGCACGGUACAGUGUCCUCAGUACAGAGCAGCAUUAACUGCUUUUUAUGGAAUAACUACAAGCAAUAUGCGAACAGUGUACUUAACCUGCGUGGCCUUAAUCAACUUUAUGAGGGUUAAACUGUGCAUAAACAUGUCAAUAAUCAAUAGGUAAAAGUUCUGAAAUGUGAAGUUGCUUUGAAAUGUAGCAUAUGUGUUGACACUGAGACGGGAUUGUUUCUGUUCAUAAUGGAGAGCUGCUGAUGCACAGGGGGUUCAUGGUUUUAGUGUCCCGUCUUCUUUUAAAUGUUAAUAAUGGUGUUUUGACUCUAAAUGUAUGUCUGUAUAUAUGCUGCACGCAAACUGCAGUGACCUCAUCACAUCGUUCACUUUCCAAACCCACGAAACCACUAACAGUUGGUCAGUUUGAGAUCUGUGUCGACGUCAUUUCUCCCGACGGUACAAAACAUCAUCGCGAAAACAUUCAUUUCAACAACAUCAUAUCAAUCAUGCAUCAAUAUUACACUUUUAGGAAUUGUCUGGCUCUAGUUUUGUUUGUUUUUCUUGUUUUUUUUUUGACACUGAAUUCUGUCUCUUGCAUUUCAUAAAGCAAACAAAAGAAUUGAGCUUUUUAAAGAGAUUUAUUAAUAUUUUUGUUGAAAAUCUAAAAUGUGUGUACCAUAAAACCUGUCAGACAGACUAAAUUAGGUUGACUGGGGGUUAUAAGGUCACGUGGUUUAGAAACUAUUGUAUUUAAAGGCAUUUUGCCUAUAUAGAGCAUUGAAAGUGUUUUAUUGGGAAAUGAAAUAAAAUGCCAGUGUAUUCAUGUUUUUACCGUUUGUGUGACACAACCUUGGGAUGCAAGAAAACAUUCAGAGGAAAAUAAAGUGUAAUCCAGUGUAAUACUUUCUGUAAC